UUUUUUUUAGUUGCUUUCACACUCACUUAUCAUAAAGUAAAACACAUAAAAAAAAAAAAGAAAGAUGUUUUACUUGUGGAUGAUAACGUUUGUGUUAUCCUUUUUACCAUGGAUCGUUCAAGCUACUCCUGUUUUCAAUAAAGUGAAUGGCUACGAUCUGAAUGGAAAUCAAUGUCCUUUACCAACAUACAAUUCAUAUCCUUGUCCUACGUUAUGUGUACAAGCGAUAUCCACAUGUCCAGAACAGAUUAGACCAAGUUGUGCUCCCAAUCAAGUUUAUUGUGUGGAUGGUCAGUGUCAUGAUGGUUCAACAUGUCCAAACAAUCUUGUAUCCGCAUGUAGUUGUAGUGGUAUAGAUGGUGGUGAACAACAACAAACUUAUCCUUGUCUUACUCAGCGCGUCAAAAUCCCCAACUUUGUAGCUUCCAAUAAAACAAGUCUAGGCUUGGCUGCUUGUCAAUCCAAUAUCAUGACCACUUCUCAAAUAAAAAAUGUUACUGAAUGGCAUACUGGUCUCCCUCCUCUUGAUCAACCCAUGUGGGGUCAAUGUCCUACUGUUAUUCAUCCUCCUUUGACUUUUACUGAACCUGUCUUCUUGGCCCUUUAUGUAUUUUAUGGUUCUUGUGUGGCUCUUUUGAUAUCUUGGUUCUUUUACAAAUCUAUCCGGGAAAAGGUUAUCAAGCAUCAAUUCACAAAAACCAAAGAUCAAUUUAAUCAAACCAGUCAAGAAAAAAAGUUAUCCUCUCCAAAGAAAUUGAAAUCAUCUGAGGACAUUGAAAAAUCAGGGACGUCGAUCAAAGCAGUGGAAGUGGAUAUAGAAGAAGAGGAUGAUGAAGAAGAAGAAGAACCUUUAGUCAUCAAAGCAUACAAGCAAGACUUUGUAGGUACAAUAAUGACGAUCCUCUUUUUAAUCCAAACAGCUGGUCAAGUGGCGUAUAUGAUUAUGAUGACCAAGGACUACUAUAUGAACUACGCACUGUUCAAUGGUAAUGCUCUGGUCCAAUCAAGUACUUUUAUGGGCAUGUGGUACAUCUUCUUCUUUUGGUUCGCUGGUAUCACGAUUUUCCGCUUCCGUCUUCCGAAUUACUUCCGCCUUCAAUGUUCUUAUGCUGAAGGUCAUUAUGUGCAAAUUGAAAGAAAACAAGAAGGUAUCAUCUUUUUACAAGGUCAAUCUAAUAAGGUGAUGGAUUUUGUACGUUAUUUGGAAGCAACUGGAAAACAUAUAUUUGGAUUGGAUGUUUCGGUCACUACCUCACAAUUGAACAGAACAAGAAAUGGUACAUCAUACUUUGUAUAUCAAUGUACUCGUUAUGUCUAUCAUCCAGAAUCAGGAUUAUUCGUCCCUCAUGCUUUUGAACUUGGAAAUACCAACGCUGAUCUGGCUCAACUUACCCAAGGUUUAACUGAAGAAGAAGCUGCUCGUCGUGAAGAAUUGAUUGGUCCCAACUUUAUUGAAGUCUAUGUUCCCAAUUAUCUUAUGGCCCUCCUACGUGAAUUCACCUCCUUCUUCUAUAUUUAUCAGUUUACGGUUCUUUGGCUCUUUUAUUACUUUGCUUAUUGGCAAGUGGGUAUUGCAGAUACUUUUGUCAUUCUUCUUUCUGCUGUAGUCAAGGUGGUUGUACGCAUCCGAUCCGAAAAACGUAUCAAACAAAUGGCUGAAUUCACAGACACUGUCUUCAUCUUACGCGAUGGCGAAUGGCAAUCAAGGUCAACGGCAGAUUUAUUACCAGGUGAUAUCUUCCAAGUAGAUGAAGGCAAAAAUACUCCAUGUGAUGCAGUGAUUCUAUCUGGUAAUAUUGUUGUGGAUGAAAGUUCUUUGACUGGUGAACCUUUGCCUAUUCGAAAAUUCCCUCUCCGUGUGGAUGACGUUAGUCAAUAUGAUCGUAUGGGUUCUGGAAAGAUUUCUACUAUUUUUGCUGGUACCACUAUCUCUCAAGCACAACCUACUGAAAAACAACAAAGAGUAAUUGCUUUAGCUACUCACACUGGAACUGCCACAGAUAAGGGAGAACUUAUCAAGAAAAUCUUAUUUCCUACUCAAGUUUCCUUUAUCUUUGAUGAACAAAUUAGAAUUGUGAUUUUGAUUUUACUUUGUUGUGGUCUUCUUUGUCUUGGAUUGGCUAUUUGGCUCUAUGCAAAAGGAACAAGUGCUUGGUUUUAUGCCAUGUUUGCCAUUUGUCAAUUGUUAUCUCCUUUACUUCCUGCUGCUUUGGUAGUAGGACAAUCUGUGGCUGCUGGACGACUACGUGAAAAACAAAUCUAUUGUGUUGAUUUACCUCGCAUUCUCAUGGCUGGCAAAGUACAACUAUUUUGUUUUGAUAAGACUGGUACAUUGACAAAGGAAGGACUUGAAUUCUUUGGCGCUCAACCUAUGCAACAUUUACAACUGGAUCAAGAACAAACACAUAAACCUGAUUUUGAUGGAUUAAAACACGAUGUGAAUCAAGUCCCUCGAUUGAUGCAAAUUGGAUUGGCCACUUGUCAUGCAGUAACGACUCUCAACGAUCAAUUUAUUGGUAACCCUGUGGAUAUCGAAAUGUUUAAAUCAUCAAAAUGGACCUUAGCGGAUGAUAAUAAAGGAUACGUUGAUACUUUGAUCCCACCUCAUGAUAUUACUGGUUCCAUUAGUCAAGCCCCUAUUCAUGUUCUACAGCGCUUUGAAUUUGUCCAUGCCCGUAUGUCCAUGUCAGUAGCCAUCUUGGAUUCUCUUACCAACAAGGUACAUAUUUUUGUCAAAGGUGCUUAUGAAAAAAUCAAGGAUCUGUCCGUACCAUCAUCCAUUCCUGAUAAUUAUGAUCAAGUGACUUCUGAUUUGGCGCGUCAAGGUUGCUAUGUGCUUGCAUUAUCACAUCGAGAAAUUGAUUUGGACAAAGUAGGUGGUAUGGAUGCAUUCAAACAAUGGAAACGUGAUAAAAUGGAAGAAGAUAUUCGAUUUAUGGGUCUGAUUGUUUUCAAAAAUCAACUGAAACCGGAUACGACAGAAAACAUUGCUGAACUCAAGCGUGGGGCGACACGAACUGUGAUGAUUACUGGUGAUACAGCUCUUACGGGUGUAUACAUUGCACGACAAUGUGGUAUGGCUCUGGAUAAAGCAAAAAUGCUUCUUGGUGAUUAUGACAAGGAUACAGAUCGUGUGAAAUGGAUGGAUGUGGAUGAACCUGACACUUUUGGUGAUGUGAAUGUCGAUGAUUAUCUUUUGAACAAGACACAUACGCCAGUGGAAUUAGCAGUAACCGGCAAGGCUUUCCAAUGGCUCAUUGAUCAUGAUUUGAUUCGCAACUAUCUUUUGGAUAUUCGUGUGUUCUCACGUAUGACUCCUCAUGGCAAAGUACAAUGCAUUCAACUUCAUAUGGAACGUGGUAUUACGGCAAUGACUGGUGAUGGUGGCAAUGAUUGUGGUGCUCUUCGAGCGGCUCAUGUAGGUAUCGCUAUGUCGGAUGCUGAAGCUUCCAUUGUCUCUCCUUUUAGUACAAGUGUUCGUAGUGUCAAAUCAUGCGUGGAAUUGAUUCGACAAGGUCGUGCUGCUCUGGCUACUUCAAUCACUGGUUAUCGAUAUCUUAUUCUUUAUGGUCAAGUGAUGAUGAUGCUUAAAAUUAUUACUUUUUAUUUCAAUACAUCUAUAAGUCAAAAUGUUUGGAUUGCAGUUGAUGUUUUGAUUACCGUUUUGUUAACCAUCGCCUUGUCAAGAGCAAAGGCUGCCGAUCGUCUUGAAAAUAUCCGUCCAACAGCUCAGAUUUUAGGUCCUCAAACUUUGGCGUCUUGUCUAGGUAUUGUUGGUAUCAACUGGAUUUACGUGUGUUGUGCUUUCUACAUGUUAUUCCAACAAAGCUGGUUCCGAUGCAAUGAAUUUGACUCUAAUGCUGUUGAUAUUUCGAAAUGGUGGCUUUUGGCUGAUAACUAUGAAGGCGAAGUAUUAGCCAUUGUAUGUCUCUUCCAAUUCAUUAACAAUGCUGCUGUCUUGAACUUUGGCUACAAAUUCCGUCAACCUUUCUACCGUAACUAUGCUUUGGUCUUUUUAUGGCUUCUGUAUAUUGCUAUUGUGUCUCAUUGGGCCUUGGCUGAUCCGAAUCGUUUUGGUUGUCUUUUCCGUUUCAACUGUGGUACGAAAUCUGUCUUGGAAGAAUAUGGUUAUCCUGUUCCUCCUACUUAUAUCGAAGACUACAAUACGCCUCUUGGUAUGAAUGUCAUGCCUACUUAUUUCCGAUGGCAAUUAUGGGGACUUUGUGUUGGUAAUAUGGCUACUGCUUUAAUUUGGGAAAAGUUUGUCGUGUUAGGUCCUGUUCAUGAAUGGUUGUCAAGAAAAUUCCCAGUUCAAAGACUCAAGGUUACACUUUAAUGCUUCUUUUUAUUUUAUUUACAUAUAUACUUAUGUAAGAUCUCAUUAAUAUAUACAUAUAUUCCUCUCACUUGUCCUCCCAAACUAUUAUCAUAUCCUAACUCAUAUUACAUACAUCAUUUUUUUUUAUCACUUAUCCAUGUUGUAUCUCACUAAAAUAUCGUAUUUUUUUUUUUUUUUUGUUG